UUUGCCUUGGCCCCCAGCUCAGAGAGGAAUAGGUUUUCACUGCAUUGCACAACCACUACCCAACCUGGGGAGUUGUCAAUCACCCUCACCAUCCCUCACCAGGCAGUCUGGAGUGAGGAAGGGACUAGAAAGAGAGACCCAGUGAAGAACCAAGAAUCUGGAAAAGUCUAGACCACAUUCCCUUGAACCGGGCCUGACAAGACACAUCAAAAUGUCUGGACAAAUCCCAGCUCUCCCAGAAUCCUUUGCUCCAGGAAUAGACGGCGUGUUCUCAGACCGCAUUGGCUUCUACUCUCUGGACUCCAACGUCCCUGGCCUGUCCAAGGUCAUUCUCAACAAACUCAACAUGAAGGAUUAUGGGGAAUACAGGGCAGCUAUUGAAGGAAAGCCUAAGGGAGGGGCGUUCCGUAACUACAAGGACAUGUUCCAGAAAAUGGAGGAGACGUUUAAAUUCUGUGCCAGCUGCAACAGGCUUCCAGAGCACCUGUCAGAGGGCCAGACACUCAAGCGUUGUGUGAAGUGUCUGAAUGUAUACUACUGCACAAAGGAGUGUCAGAAGAAGGACUGGCCGACGCAUAAGAUGUUCUGUAAGAAGCUGCGUCUAGUGGCAGUUGAUCGGCUGGUGGAGUGGCUUAUGUUUACAGGAGAUCUCCCAUUCACCACAGAGAAGUGGUCCCUGCCAGCAGCAGAGGUGAAGGGCUGGGACAACUGGCUUGCCAUGCAAGGCGACCUAACCCCCCGUCUGGACGCCAUCUUGUCUAGCACAAAUAUGGGAGCGCUUUGGAAAAAUGUCUCUAGGCCACGACCAGAAGAUGCUGACCUGAGAGAGUCUGUAUGGCGAGUUGAGAGCGAGUUCCUGUCUCGGGCCCUUUCUGUUGGCAUGGCGAUAAGACUCUUUGGCCUAGAUCCUUACUUCAAACCACUCACCAUCCAUCUAGCAGGGGCCAGCCUAAAUGAGACGAUGGGAGCCCGAUUGACAGACUUUGAGGAACUGGACCAAAUGUUUCCUGGACACAAGGGUCUGGAGGUGGUGAUGGUGGGGCCAGAGGUGGUGGACGGGCCAAUCAUGAGGCCCCCUCUGACAAAUUUUGGCCCCAAGACGAAGACCUUCAUCAGUGCCUAUAAGGGCCUCUACCACCAGUUCUAUGAGGAUAUGGUGGAGACAGAGAAAGCAGCUAAGCCAGAUCUGGUGGUUGGAUUUCACCCAGGGUUUCAUGCCACACAGGGUCUGGGAGAAGGCUGGCUGCCCAGCCUCCUCCUCCUCAGAGACUUCAACAUCCCCUCAUUCUUCACCAUGUUCAAUGAGAUGGAACUGAACUUUUCCCUGCAAAUUCUGUCAGAGUUAGAAAUGCAUAUCAAGGGCAGUGGCCCCAACCCCUUUUCAUCCCAGAAGCCAGAGCAGGUCCAGGCCUGUCCCAACAAACCACCUUCAUACUGCAACUCCCACUUCCUCUAUUUUCAGGGCCUACUGGAGCAAGAAGAGCUUGAGCAAGGUUUAAAGGUUUAAAAAGUAUCAAAUGAAUAGCCUCUAGUCAAGGGUUUGCCACAUUAGCAUCCUAUAAUGCUCAAAUGGAUGCUUUUAGUGUUGCUUCUAUGCAUAAAGCAUAAUGCAUUAUGGUGUUGCUCUCCUUUGUAUCUCUUGUGUAUGAUGACGCUAUAUACAUUUAUUGUGCCUGUGAAUCAUUCACUUAGUUUGCUAAAGCCUACAAGUUGUGUGUGCACACAAUUGCAUGCAGGCCGACGAGCUGAAUAGUGAAACUGAAAAGUAAUUUGGUUAAUAAAUACAAUGAAAAUGUUA